GAGCGGCAACUGUCAGCUGCAAAAGAGGCCUGGACUUGAAUUUUAAAGUGGUGUGAUUCUCAGAACGUUGGGUGCAGCUGACUGCAGGAGGAAUCACAUGGUGCCUAAAACCAGCCCUUUGGCCUAUUCAGCCAGCCCCCCCCUCUCUCGAGCUGCAGCCAGAGCGAGCAGAUGGCAGCUGGAGAAAGAGCCGGGAAAAGGCAGCUCUCCUUGGGCAAGGCCGCCUGCAUCCUCACCGGGGCAUCCCGGGGCUUCGGCCGGAGCCUGGCCCUGCUGCUGGCCCCGUGGCUGGAAACUGGCUCCGUCCUGAUCCCGGUGGCCCGAUCGCAGGGGGGCUUGGCCGAGCUGGAGGCUGAGCUGCGGUCCAGUUUCCCCAGCUUGAAAGUGCAUUCCGUGCAGGCUGAUCUGGGCACGGAGGACGGGCUACAGCUGGUGCUCCGAGCAGUCCAGGACAAGCUGCCGGGAGCAGCUGAUCUGGAGCGGCUCCUCGUCAUCAACAACGCGGGAUCACUUGGAGACAUUUCCAAAUCCUUUCUGGAUUUCACCAGCCCAGCCGAAGUCAACAGCUACUUUGCCUUCAAUGUCACCUCGGCGCUCUGCCUCACAUCCUCCAUCCUGAAGGCCUUCCCGGGGCACCCUGGCUUGUGCAAGACUGUUGUGAACAUCUCCUCACUGUGUGCCCUGAAGCCCUUCAAGAGCUGGACGUUGUACUGCACUGGGAAGGCCUCGCGGGACAUGAUGUUCCAGGUGCUGGCCCUUGAAAACCCGGACGUUAGAGUGCUCAGCUAUGCCCCAGGGCCGCUGGACACGGAGAUGCAGCAGCUGGCCCGCACAACGUCCGGAGACCCGGACAUGCGCCAGCAGUUCCUCCGCAUGAAGCAGAGUGGGCAGCUGCUGGACUGCGGCGUGUCCGCCCAGAAGCUAGUGGCUCUGCUGCUGGACGACACGUUCGCCUCUGGGGCACACGUAGACUUCUAUGAAAUCUAACCCGCCAGCCUGCUGCUCCCCCCACGCCACGGCCGCUGCUUCCGCAACUGAGCUGCCUAUAAAAUGCCCUCGGCUUUCAGAAGGGAAACCAGCUACGGGACUGUGACUCCCCUUUCAGAUAUGCACCGGGGGAGCGGACCGCCCACCGAGAGGGGCCUUGGCCGGGGAGCGGUGGUAGCGCUGGGGUUGCCGAGCCAGCAGUCCCCGGACGGGUCACAGGCGCAGCAGCACGGGGUUGGGAGGCGGCGCAAAGAGCGCGGUCACCCUGGCAACCGCCGCCCAGGGCGCCCCCCACUCCCAGCUGCCUGCCCGGCCCGGUAGCGCGUCUCCUCCCCCUCCUACCUCCCCUGCCCCGCCCCAUGUUGAGCCUCGGGCGGUGGAGGUAGUUGCCGCAGAUGCUACCGCGCAUGCUCAAAUGUCCGGCCCCUGUCGCAGCGAGGUGGCUCAUCCCCGGGGCGGGGGGCUGAGGGGGGGGCUACGCCGGGCGAAGUGACCAGGCCCAGGCCAGGGUCUCGGGCUUGGCGGCCGCCGGCGGCGCGGGGCAGGGCCCUCGCAAGGCCGCAGCCACCUGCAGCGGUGCCCGCUGAGCCCCGCCCUCUGUCGCGUUACCUCGCCUCGGCAGAGCCGGGCCAGAGCGAGUAGUUGUUUAAACGGGCAAGUAAAAUGUCAUUGAUUAUUGGUGGUUAUUGGAUCAGUCAGCGCGGCAAAGGGGGAGCAGGGGAUCUCGUGUCAACAUCCGUUCCAGGAAGUCUCUCAGAACUGGAGAAGUCUGUGGAAAAAGAAUCAAUCAGGUCAAGCGACUUAUGGAGUCAGGUCAAAGAUUACACAAUAGUAGGUUUAAAAAAAGAAGAUUCCUGUGCUUGAUUAGGUGAAAAAUCAGGUGUUCCCAAACAAAAAUUUAACGGGGGAAGGACUCCCUUAUGGAUAUUCUGCAGUACUUCAUGUUAACACUAGGUGCUAUAUUUGCACAUUCGUGUACUGUAGGUCUUCAUUUUUAUUGGAGUUGGCAAAUGGGGAGUAUGGGAUUGUCUCUCCUUGUCCCCAGAUUUAUGUUAGUUUUUGCCUCUCUCUGUUCUUUGCUCCGCUGUGUGUGGUUUGCAAGAAAAAACUCAUCAGAACUCUUUUUUUCUGAAGUGACAAUAUAUGUCCCUUCAGAAAUUAGGAUUUUAGUAAAUUAAUCCUUGUUCCUACUGGUCACAGAGAGGGAUUGGGGAAAAUGGCACAAGGCAGCAAAUUUGAAAACAAUUCAGAAUGAAUCUCCAAUUUCCACUGCAGACAUCUGGUACAGCUGGUAUUUGAAGAUGAGUAAAUCUGCACACACUUAAAAACAUUAGAUCUGAACACCAUUGCAAUGUUUUAAUCAUUUUUAAUAGGGGGUCAUUGAUAUGUACAACUCCCAUUAACAACGGGAUCUGGAUGUCUAAUGUCACAUGCUGGACAUUUAUUUCUCUAUAUCAACAUCAAAAGUAGGUACCAAGUAAUCACAACUUACACAUCUAUUUUAAUGUCACUAAUUUGUUUUCGUAUAGGGAUAAUUUUCACAGUUUGAGUUCACUUACAGCCAGAUUCUGCCAAGCCUGUUUGCAUUAAGUAGUACUUUACUGCAUGAGUAAUUUCACUGACUUAAUUGGGGCUACAUGAGGGAUGAGGCAUUACUUAACUAAAUACAGGUGGCAGAAUCUGGCCAUUAGUACUUAGUCUAUAAAACUGUCUAUAUUUUGAAAGAAGAGGUGAAUUCUGCUUAAUCUGGUCAACUCAGUACUGCACUAGUUGAUCAUAGUAACAGUUAAUUGUAGUAAUGGAGCACUGAAUCCUCAGUUGCAACUGAGCUGAAGUCACAUGGCUGGAGGGAGUGCUGAUCAUAGGUACUUUUAUGGUCGGCAUUCUGGUCCCAAGGUCUGCAGUAAAUCAAUUCACUCCCCCAUCCCAAGACAAUUUAGAGAACUCAAAGGCUAUAAAUUGUGCUGGUUGGUAAUUGCCCCCAAGGGGUCACCUCAUCAGCCAUGGGUCACUCUGAGGGAGGAGUGCAUACACAGAGGGAGGAGGGCAGAACUGGCUUUGUGUCACCUAAGGAUUCUCUGGGGCCAAAAUCUGGUCCUGAGAUUUUAAUAUUAGUGUUGCAAAGGCAAAAAACUAACAGCAAUUUCUACUAGUUUUAUCCUGUUAAAUUAACAUUGCACUCUUAGUGGGAUAAUUCACAAAGCUAUAAAAAUGAUUUGGUUUUCAGCAUCUGGAGUGAAAUAAAAAGAAAAAUGUUGUAACUUUUA